UGACGUCCAUCACGAAGGCUCUCGUCUCCGCCAUGAGCGCUGCGUUGGACCUCAUUCUGUUGGGUGCAAGCUGGUUACACGUACUCCUUGCUCCAUAUACAAAGGUGGAGGAAAGCUUCAAUCUCCAUGCUACCCACGACGUCCUAUUUUAUGGCGUCGGCCCCGCCGCACUGCCUAAGUAUGACCACUUUAUCUUCCCCGGAGCAGUGCCCAGGACUUUCAUAGGAAGCGCUCUUCUUGCCUGGAUAUCCGCGCCAGCAAUUCACCUCGCUCACUGGUUUGGACUCUUGUCCUCCAAGGCGGAUAUCCAGGUUGUAGUGCGACUUGUACUUGCCACAUGCAAUACUUCCGGCUUCUCCUACCUGAGGCGAAGUGUCUCUCACCGCUAUGGCGGAAUAGCAGGCGUCAUGUUCGUCCUUUUGACCAUCACCCAGUUUCACAUCCCAUUCUGGAUGGGACGAACACUCCCAAAUAUGUUCGCUCUCCUCCCGGUGAAUAUCGCUUUGUGUAGACUUUGGGAUCGCGCGCCGAAUGCCACUCGGCCGACAGCGCGCGGCAUCGACAUCUCGAUCGUGCUCCUGGUGUUUGCCUCUGUCGUCUUUCGUGCUGAGGUUGCUGUGCUCCUGGCUGCCGUUGUUUUGCAAGCGCUCUGGUCUCGUAGGACCUCGUUGCUCCGUGUUAUCAAAGUCGGCCUCAUCAGCUCGUUCGUUUCCAUAGGACUCACUGUGGCUAUUGAUACGUAUUUCUGGCGACAGCGCCCUAUUUGGCCUGAGCUGUAUGGAGUUUAUUUCAACGUCGUUCAGGGCAAGAGCGCAGAAUGGGGUGUCUCGCCGUUUCACACGUACUUCGCAAUUCACCUUCCCAAGCUACUCCUAACGUCCAUCUUACUGGCAGCAUUUGGUGCCCUUAUCGAUGGCCGAGUUCGCACCCUGCUAUUCCCUUCUGUCAUGUUCGUCUUCAUACUCAGUUUCCUUGGACACAAAGAAUGGCGGUUCUUAGUCUACGUGGUACCAACCUUCAACGUAGCAGCUGCGAGAGGAGCUACUUAUUUAGCCACUCGGAAGAAGAGCAGCUUGAUCGGAAGAUUGGCAUUCCUCGUUGUUGUGGGCUGCUUGUCCGCCAAUCUGCUUGCGACAGUUAUCUUUUCACGGUCGUCGAUGGAUAAUUACCCGGGCGGUGAAGCUCUGGCCCGAUUCAACGAGAUUUAUGCCGGACAACCUAACUUGCAUGUUCACAUCUCGAAUCUCGCGGCCCAGACAGGUGCAUCCCUUUUCCAGCAGGUUAAUUCUCCCCCAUACAUGACUGUGCUUGGCAUCGACUCUCGUGACCCUGCGACACCAUGGAUAUACAACAAGACUGAAGAUGUUACGCCUGAGCAACUGACUGCUCACAGGAAGAUCACACAUGCCAUCGCGGAGGUUGAGCCCAUGGAGGUUGCCAGUUCACUGGAGGCUGCUGGGUUCCUGAAGGGUUCCUGGAAGCCAACAGACGUUGUCACUUCUUUCGACAGGCUGGCCUUCGACGUACAGGCCUUCAAGGCAGAUUACACGAAGCCGUGGCGAGUCCUGAACUUCGUCGAGAGCGAGAAGUUGGCCAUCUUAGAGAGGAGGUGACGCAGAGAUAGGUUCAGUAUCUAAACCUACAAGAGUGCUGUAUGGACUAUUUGCUUUAUAUUAUCUUACCUCACUGGGGCAGCCUGCUCCUUCUUCGGCCUGCUCCCAAAAAUGCCAGUGCCGACACGUACGACGUCGCUUCCGGCCCUGAGUGCCGCUUCAAAAUCGCUUGACAUGCCCAUGCUCAGCAUCAGCCGCCCUGCAACGCCCCAUCGCCCACCGUCGCUCGGGAACUCUUUGGCAAGUUCCGCCUGCAAGAGGUCCCGGGUCUGGACGAGCCUUUCAAAGUCUUCGUUUGGCUUCUCCGCGGAUGCGAGCGACUCGGUGAGCGAGCCGAUGGUCAUGAGACCUUGCAAAUGCAGCCGCGGGCACUCGGCGAUGAUGAACUUCGCGAGUUGAGUGAGCUCUGUGGAUGCGUUGGCUGUGGCGGGGUUAAGCGGGAGGACGCCGGACUUGUUGUCUUCACCAGAGGUAUUGACCUGGAGGAGGACGUUGAGGGGAGGGCGGUUCUCAGAGAUGUACUUGUUCAGGCCUGAGGCGCUCUUGGUCGACGUCACUGUCUGGACGGCGUACAGAUUGGGUAUCGAGGCAAGAGCCUUGGCCUUGUUAGACUGAAAGGUUCCGAUGAAGUGCCAUCGGAUGUCUGAAAGAGCUAGCUGAGCAGCUUUAUCCUCAAGCUCUUGCACAUAGUUCUCCCCAAAAUCCCUCUGACCCUCCUCAUAGCAUGCCAAGAUGUCCGACGCAGGCUUCAGCUUCGACACUGCAACGAGCGUAGCAGGUUGGGCGACUCGUUCAUGAGUAGCACCUUGAGCCUGUGCUGCUGUCACCCGAGCACGAACCUCGUUCAAACAUUCAUGAAGUUCGGCAAGACGCUCAGCGGAUGGUAGCCGGACAGUUGUAGACGACAUUUUAAUGCUAUGUCCAGAGAGCAAGCGAAGCGACG